UUGCGGCAUUUUACGGGGCACGUGUAAGAGGUCCGAGCGCAUUGUGAUUCAUUGUGAAAAAUUUUAAUGUUUACCGUGAUCUACAGUAUGAAAAUUCGAUGGAAUUUCAAAGCUCUUGAUAUUGUGCUUUUUCCUUUUACUUUAUGCGGUUGCACCAUUCGUAAAUCUAUCGUAGUGUUUGUUUUUAUUUUCAUCAUAGUUCUAAUAUUAAGUAGGAAAUGGAACGUUGUCUGUUCUAAUAGAGACGUAGACAUUAUUAUCGAACACUUGUGCAAUGAUGUCGAAGAGGGCCGAGCUAUCGGUGGUCUUUGUCGAGAGUUUUGCCAACCCAGUGUACUCAAACCUGUACAGUGCCAAGCCUGGCAUGGGGGCAAAGAAAUUGUUUUCAAGGCAGAGUUUCAUGGAAAUUCUGUUUAUGUGAAAGGCCGAAGAACGAAUGCGUAUGAGAAUUCUGAAGAGAACUUGUUUUGGCGAGAUUCCGAUGAUGUUGAACAUUACCCAACAUUAAUUGAGUUCAAAGAAAUUGUUAAAUCGCAUCUUUUCCACAACUUUAAUUUAACUUUCUCUGAGACCGUUUUCUACAAACUUUGGCCUCAUCCUCUACAUCGUGACUCAAUGUCAGAUGAACAAAAUCGGUUAUUGCUAAAAAUCUCCUUGGAAACUUACUGGAACCUUCUUCAAGAUCCUGAAUACGUCUUUCUUGCAUUAUAUGAACAUUUUGAUAUUUUCCCCGAGCUGUUUGGAACCUGUGGGGGACUGUACAUCGUGGAGGCUGUCACACCGCUCAAUGUUCCAGGACUACUUGAGAAAACUUCUUUUACAUCCUGGGCUGAGAGAGUAAAGGUCUCCUUGUCAAUAUUGGACUUGUUGGAUGAGUUUGAUACUAUGUUUGAAUAUCCUCUUCACAUUUGUGAUGUCAAACUUGAGCAUUUCGGACUCUCUGACAAUGGACGAAUGAAGUACAAUGACGUGGACAAUGUUUACUUAAAACCGGUUUUGGAUAAGUAUAUUGCAGAUGGAUCAGAUUGCACUAAACAUAGUGAUUGUGAUUUUUUCGAUUGCAAGGGUCAAUGUGAUCUUAUCAAGCGCAAGUGUCUCGGAGGCGUUGUUAACAAUAACCUGCAAAUCGUGUGCGAUAAAAUAUUCAUGGGUAAAUCAUUUGGGUUGAAAAGUCUUGGAGGAACAGGACUUCUGGCCUCAAGACAUGGAGACGGUGUGCUGAAACCCCUACUGGAGUCUUGCUCCAAUCCAAGCAGAGCUCAAGAUGGGGUGAGAUUAAGGGCAGAGGGACAAAUUUAUACUGAUCUUAGAUCUACACUGAAAGAAAUUGUUCGUGCCAGAAACAGGUUAAGUCAAGAAAACUAAUCUUACAGA